AUGGAAAAGAAACAACAAGAAAAAGAAAUUAAUUAUUCUUUUCAUCAAUGGCUUAAUUGGGAUAGAAUGAAUGAAUUUAAACAACAAAACAGAUCACGUAGAGGAUUACAACGAAAAGUAAUUUUUAUUAUUGACAUGUCAUUAAGUAUGAAUCAAGAAGAUUAUCAACCAAAUAGAAUUACAUUCAUCCAAACAAAACUUAAAGAAUUUUUUGAAGAAUUUUAUAUUGAUAAUCCAUUAAGUGAAAUUGGAUUAAUUUGUACAAGAAAUAAAACAGCUGAACAACAAUUUCCAUUGUCUAGAAAUUUAAUAAUUCAAAAAGAAAUGAAAUGGGGAAAUUGUGAAGGACAAAUGUCAUUACAAAUAUCACUUGAUUUAGCACAACAAAUAUUAUCCACUACUUCUAAUUCUUCUUCAAGAGAAAUUAUUAUAGUAACAUCUUCUAUAACUACAUGUGAUCCUGGUAAUAUUUAUGAUACUAUUGAAACUUUAAAAAAAACUACAAUUAGAUGUUCAGUAAUUUCAUUUGCACCAGAAAUGCAUAUAACAAGAUUAUUAACUAAAGUUACAGGUGGAGAUUAUCAUACAAUAAUGAAUGAAAAACAUGCUGAAGAUGUUUUACAUACAUUUAUUAUUCCACCAAUAUAUAAAGAAAAUGCAUAUGAACCUAAAACUAUACAAUUAUAUAUUGGAUUUCCAAAACAAUUAAAUGUACCAACAAUAUGUGAGUGUCAUUCUAAAAUUGAUAUAAAUCAUUUUGAAUGUCCUAUUUGUGGUUUUUGUUAUUGUGAAUUACCUAUUCAAUGUAAAAUAUGUAAUGCUAUUUUACUUCUUUCACAUCAUUUUGCACGUUCUUAUCAUUUUAUGUUUCCAAUUGAACCAUUUAAAGUUAUUGCAAUGAUAAAACCACAAGAAAAAUGUUUUGGAUGUGGUAAAGAAAUUGAUGAUAGAAUAGAAAAAAAAGAAGAAGAAACAGUUAAUGUUUAUCAAUGUAAAAAAUGUUUAAAAUAUUAUUGUGAUGAAUGUGAUAGUUUUAUACAUGAUGUGUUAUAUAAUUGUCCUGGCUGUGAAAGUAAAGAACUUCUUAAUUAA